CUCGCAGAGCAACCAUGACUUCAAUCGAGGGGAAACGUGGUCCUCUGCAGUCGCAAGGAAAAUCGAAACCAGUCCGGCUGGGCCUUUCAGGUCUUCCUCCUCGCUGGCCUUGCGGGAAGAAAGGAUGUUCACCGGCCUUGAGAGGAAGAGACUCCCCCUCCGGGAUCCGCCUUGAAAGGAGGAAAUCCCUCAGUCCGUGUCUUCUUUCUCCUCCGUCGGUUCCUUCCCUUCGCGACAUGAAGCUCCUGAAUUUUCUGUGCUGCAUCCUGGUGGCGCUGAUGGGUCUGUUCGCCUACAGCGAAGCGCAGAGCGCGAAGUCCCUCUUCGGCUACCGCCCUCACGGUCCUCCCGGGCUGGGCAGCCUCCGCAAUUUCGCCCGGCUCCACCACGGCCAGCAUCACGGUCCCAAGAAGGGGAUCAUUCCUUGAGGAUGUGCUCAUCCGCUAGGGGGUCCCGUGGAUUGUUCUCACAGCCCUUUGGAAUUCAUUCGAGCGGAUUCUCUCUGUGCUGCAAUGAAUGCGCCUUUCACGUGCUUUCUGUCAUAGUUUUAAGCUUUCAUUUCACUUUUUAAAAACAAUUUACUGCUUCACUUUCCUUGUCGACAUUCGUAAUGAAAAACAC